UUUUGUUUCUCAGAAAAGUGGGCGACCAGCAACUGCGUACGUUUUCUGCUUCUUCUUCUUUUAUUUUUUUUUCUUUUUCUUUUUCUUCUUCUUCUUUUUUUUUUUUUUGGCAGAAAAAAAAAAAAUCCUAAACCUAGUAAGACACGAAGAGUACAAACCUUACUCAACCCGGAGUAUGAAUGUGAUGUUGUUUUAUAGGCAAAAUUGCUACUUUUUUCACUGCGUGGAACAAAGCAAGCAAGUCUCUAAUCUGUUCAUCUUCUCCUAGCAAUCUCUCGAAUCUUCAGCUGUUUGUGUUGGAUUUUGGACAAAAUCAAAUCCCAUGGAGAAAACCAGUGAGAAGGUUGAUAAAGGAGGGUUGUGUUUGGAGGAUCACAUUAGUGGACUUCCUGAUGUUGUCAUUGUUUCCAUCUUAUCACUAUUGACAAUGAAAGAAGCUGGAAGAACUAGUCUCCUAUCAAAGAGAUGGAGGUAUAUGUGGACACACAUUACUGGUUUGAACUUUGAUGCUUUACAUGUUAUAUAUGAAGUGCUACUGGGAAAUAAGGAACUUGAAGUAGAAAGGCCUUUGUAUUUGAGUUGGGUAAAUCAAGUCUUGAAAUUGUACAAUGGUCCAAGUAUAGAUCAAUUCAGAGUUCAAUUUGAUCUUGAUGAAAGUUGUAGAUUUGAUAUUGACAAUUGGGUUAAUUUUGCAAUAGAAAAGAGAGUUAAAAGGCUUGAGUUAGACUUCCCAGUAAGUUGGGGAAGUACGGGCUACAAUUUUCCUGACACGGGUCGGAUUACAAAUCACUUGCAUUCAUUGUCUCUUGGGUUUACUAUCUGCAACUCCCUAACCAAUCUCCUGCUGGCACAUGUGAAUGUAACUGGACAAGUUCUCGAGUACUUCUUAACUAACUGUCCAUUUCUGGAACAAUUGUCUGUAGAAGCCUCUGACUGUCUAGUAAAUCUGAAAGUUCCUAAUGUAUCAAUCAAAUUGAAGUGCUUGGAGAUAAUUUAUUGCCACUACGUGGAAAGUAUUGAGAUUUCUGCAAUGAAUCUUGUGUCUUUUAAAUACUUCGGACCAAAAAUAGGCCUGCCAUUUAAGAACCUCCAGGAGCCUGUUGAAAUGUAUAUCGGGGGUGAGUAUUGCAAAUAUCUUAUUUAUAACUUUUUGGGGAUUUCAAGCUAUCUUUCCCAGCUAGAGAGCCUUACGUUGCACAUGAACUCCAUCAAGAAUAGUAUUGGUUUAGCCAAAUUUCCUGUAUUUAAUAAGCUCAAGCAACUGGAGUUGAGAAUUAGUGCAAUUGAAAAUGAAGACCUUAUGGUUUUUGCUCCCCUAAUAGAGGCAUGUCCUUUCUUGUAUAAAUUUGUGUUGGAGCUGCAAUUGUCAAAAUUUGUGAGAAGAAAACGGCGACGGUUUACAUCUCGGCCCCAUCAGUACCUUAAGGUGGUGGAAUUCAUUGGGUUUGCUGGGCUUGCAAUUGAUGUUGAGCUUGCAAUGUAUUUAAUUAAGAGUGCUGUCAUGCUUGAGAAGAUUACUUUUGAUCCUCGCAAUCCACUUCUUAUAGGAAGUCCAUGGGAGUUUAUGGAGACCAAGGAGAAAAAAACAGCGAGAAAGCGUGCCAAAUACCUUGGAACCAAACUUCCUGCUGGAGUAGCUUUAGGCUAAAGUCCAUCAUACUUCACACUGUAGCUUUUCAUCUUUUAAGACUGUUACAACUCUGUGCAACAAGCAAGUUCGAAGGUGACUAAGAAAGUUGAUUACUUCAAUUUAGAAGAAAUCUUUAUGGGAAUGAAGGCAAUAGGAAUAUGCAGAUGAGUGCUCUAGAAGAACAUAGCAAUAGCUUGCUUCAUAAAGAUGCUCUUCGUUUCCAGAUGCUUCAAAAGACAGGAUUAUUGUUAAUAAUCCUGUUUACGUAAAAGGAAGUCCACGGGAGUUAAUGGAGACGAAGGAUAAAAAAACAGCGAGAAAGCGUGCCAAGUACCUUGGAACCAAACUUCCUGCUGGAGCAGCUUUAGUCCUGUUCUUUUCAUUGAAGGAGAGAAAUUUAUGAUUGCAACUACCAUGAAUGAGCCUUUGAUUUUUAAGCUCAGAGUCUCUUAGAUGGCCCAAUAUGGGAAUGUACAGAGUAGAUGUAGCAUCAUUUAUGUCAUUGGCUUUGUCGAGUUGCGGGUAAUGGAAUUUAAGUAUUAAGAGCAUGGUCUAGUUCUUGAUAAAGAUGAAGUUACAUGUCCCUAACCUAGUGUGGAUGGCAUAACAGCUUAAAGUUGUGUGGUUGGUGAGGAGCAUACCAUUUUUAUUAUCGUCACUAUAUCAUUACCAUAGCAAAACAGGGAGCUGCGCUCUACCCUUCCAGUGCUUUUCCGGGGAGGUCCAGAGUCUACCCAAGGAAGAAAGAAGGUUAUUUUAUUUCUUAGCCAACUAAAUGCUUACAACAUUGAAGACUAUUUAACCGUAGCAUUGUUUUAUACCCUUCGUGAUAGAAGAAUGCAGAUAGUAGACGCACUAAAACUGCAAAUGGAUGUCCAGAGGCGCAUAUGAACAACUAAAGGGUCAAAGAAUUGUGCAAUUGCAGAUUGAAGAACAGGGAAACAACUUAACAAGAGUACAAAAUAAACACAAAUAUACUUCUAUUGAUGAUGCCAAAGAUGCUGAACAAUUGAAUUCUUCGGAAUCAUUGUACAAAUGUGAAUUUAUCCAAGGACACUACUCCAAGCAUGACUGGUGUGGCUUUAUCCCAUAAUUUCACACAGUAAAAAGUAGAAAAGACAUUUUUUUGCUCGAGUCUUAAAUUUUGCAAUCAGAGAAAAUGAACAUUGAAAGCUAAAUGAAGGCAUGUGUAGAUGCCAUAUUUAUCUGUGUUUUUUAAGAUUCAGGGAGAGAGAGAAUGGCCAGACUUGAA